AGUCAUCGAUAUGAUUAGGAGUAUCCGCAAUAGCUACAUGGGGGCAGUAGAGGCGCAUUCGACAUGAAAUAUUCUCAUUGCGUCGUCAUCGUAUAUUUUACUUAAAUUAGUCAGCAUGCGCCAUAGUCAUGGACGGUUGUCCACCAAUCUAGUUCUCUGGUCUGGUCGCCUUUCCGUGCGACUGAUGCCGUUACAGUUCGCACGCCCAUUUCAACUGGCGGUUCAGAUCCGCUCUAGAAGUAUCUGUCUCUUUACUGAAGGAGAAGUUGCAGGAUUCAUUUGUCAAUUAUGGAGCUUGAAUGGUUUGAAUUCUGAUUUGAAUUCGUCGCCGUGUCUCUGUUGCCGAUCGUUCUAGUUUUAGCUUUGUUGCAGCUGCAUGUUGGUGUAGGAUGUGGUGAGAGCAAUAGAGGUUUGAAGUGAGUUGGAGGAAGCCUGGGGUCGUUGCUGCGUUGCAGUUGCACAUGGCGCCAUCUGCAGGUUUAGAAUCAACUAGUGAUGGAGUGCUCUCCUUCAUUUCUAAAUCUCUUACGGAGGUGCAAAAAAGCACAAAGAUGGACAUGAGGCUCAUUCAGUCUAGAGUGGAGUCGUUUCGGGAGAGCUCUAAAACUCCGAACGUCAAGAACUGGAAGAGUCCUCCCCUGCCGAAUUUUUCUGUGAAGGAUAAUCCGCUCAAUCUCAGGGUGGACGAUUUUGAUAUUCUCAAGAGCUUGAAGCCCAUGAUUGGCCGGUCGUGGUUGGACGCAACCAUGCAAGAGCGGAAGUCCGAGCUCUGGGUUGUGCCGCGGAUUGACAAGGCUCGAGAGUCGGGGAAGAGCCGUGACAGAGGGGGCGCUGAGCAGGAGCGAGAUAGACGCAUUCUGUUCAAACCGCAGGGGGACAGGAAGACGUUUAGGGUUUCAAAGAACUGGGAAGAGCCUCUCAAGAAGGUAAAGCAGACUGUAGAAGAGAGUUUGCGGGACUUGGAGACCACGGCAGCUGCUAGCAAGACGCCUGGGGAAUUUUUUGAAAAUGUCCAGAAGACGGAGUUCUUCGAAAACGUGAAAAAGAAUCUUAAAUUUGCAAGGGCUUCUGACGUCGGUACAAACACUGGCAGCUACGGAACAGAUGUGGCGCCGUUGACUAUUCCAGAGUUAUUCGAAGCUGUCAUGCGGGAGUCUGAGCCUUUGUUGGAUCAUCUUGGUAUCAGGAAAGAUGUGACCAAGAAGUUUCGUGAGGUGGUGACUGGACCUCAAGCUCUCAGUGGUGCUUCGGUUACCCAACGCGCUCUUCCUGUCACCGUAAAAGAGUCCUCUGCCCAAGAUGAGCUUGACUUACGAAUUGCCAGCGUGAUUCAAAGCACAGGUUACAAGUUCAAAGGGGGGCUGUUGACAGAGAAGCAGACACUUCAACCAGCCACAAAGGAUUUGCGCCGCAAUAUUGCUAUUGUUACAACCGCAAGUUUACCCUGGAUGACCGGGACAGCUGUGAAUCCUUUGUUUAGAGCAGCUUAUUUGGCGCGGUCUGGGGAGCAGAAGGUGAAUCUGCUGGUUCCUUGGUUGUGCAAGAAAGAUCAAGUGCUCGUGUAUCCGAAUCAGAUUACCUUUGAAACUCCAGCUGAGCAAGAGCGUUUUGUGCGAAAGUGGGUGGAAGACCGAGUUGGUUUCCAAUGUGACUUCAAGUUAUCAUUUUAUCCCGGCAAAUUCUCUACAGAAAAGCGUAGUAUCCUGGCAGCUGGGGAUAUUUCUCAGUUCAUUCCUAACCAAGAAGCUGACGUUGCAGUGCUGGAAGAGCCAGAACAUUUGAACUGGUACUACCAUGGGAGACGUUGGACUGAUAAGUUCCAGCACGUUGUUGGUGUGGUUCACACAAAUUACUUGGAAUAUGUCAAGCGGGAGAGGAACGGGAGCGUUCAGGCUUUUCUUUUAAAGCAUGUAAACAACUGGGUGGUUCGUAUCUACUGCAACAAGGUAUUGCGAUUGUCGGCUGCAACUCAGGAUUUACCUCGAUCAUCUGUCUGCAACGUUCACGGAGUAAAUCCUCAGUUCCUGAGGAUUGGAAAAGGCCUUGCGGAGAUUGAAGGGAACGAGCCUAAAUUUUCAAUGGGAGCUUACUACCUUGGGAAAAUGGUGUGGGGGAAAGGAUAUAGGGAACUGGUAGAUCUUUUAGUACAGAACAAAGAAGUUCUCUGCAACAUCAACUUGGAUAUAUUUGGAAGCGGGGAAGAUUCGGAUGCAGUCAGAGAUGAGGCACAACAGAACGGACUUGCCUUGAAUUUUUAUCCAGGAAGAGAUCAUGCUGAUGCCUCCCUCCAUGGCUACAAAGUCUUUAUCAACCCAAGUGAAAGCGAUGUGGUAUGCACAACAACUGCGGAGGCGCUGGCCAUGGGCAAGAUCGUUGUUUGCGCAGACCAUCCUUCAAACGAAUUUUUCAUGCCGUUCCCCAACUGCUACACUUACCGCACUCCUGAAGAGUUUGUCGAGAAGGUGAAAUUGGCACUAUCAUCUGAGCCACUACCUCUGACGCCAGAACUUCAACAUCUUCUCUCGUGGGAGGCUGCCACGGAUCGCUUCAUCGACUCUGCAGGGGUCAAGAGCCUGCCACCGCGAGAGGCGAGAACGAUCGAACGGAAGAGGAAGCGGCGAAUUCCCAUCGAAGCUGCAAAAGGGAGGACUAUGUCCCUGUCAUUGGCGUUACCAAAGAAGACGCUGAGCAACAUGAUUGAUACGGGGCUUGCAUUCAGUCACUACUUCCUUUCAGGCAUUGAGAUCGCAAGGAUAGCAGCUGGAGGUUUGCCAGGGACGAUGAAUAUUGGUGAGGAAUACCGCAAGGACUUGGACCUCCCUCCUACCCCUCCAAGGAUUGUUUAUGGUUGGUAGCCUGGUGAUAACAUCUGCACACCAGGUUUGUUAGUAUCGUUAGCUACAGAAUUCUUCUGUGGUCUUGUACCUUAAUUCAGACAGCUUAACAUAUGAGCACCUAAGAAACAAUAGUGUGCUUUUUAAAAUUAGAAUGUACCAUUCGGAGGUACUUACAGUCGUCCUGUAAAACGAUGGAUCACUAAAUGUGUAUUUUAAAAUUACUCUUCGAUGUUUGAGUUUUCUAGA